AAGGUUACUCAGCCUUGAAUCUGCCUGUUUUUUUUUCAUUCCCAACUCUGUAGACUUUAUAAGGAAGGAAGAUCAGCCUUGCAUGGUCCUAAAGCGCCUCUGCUCUUCAGCUGGCUUCCUACAGAUAGUUCAGUGAGCAAGAUCGGCGUGUGAAAGAUGGCGGGGAAUUCACUCUUGCUGGCCACUGUCUCCCUUCUCUCUGCCUUUCAGCAAAGCUAUUUUGCUUUGCAGGUUGGAAAGACAAGACUGAAAUGCAAAAUUGCAGCCCCAGCAGUCACGGGGUCACUGGAGUUUGAGAGAAUAUUUCGUGCACAACAAAACUCUUUGGAAGCUUAUCCUGUAUUCAUCAUAACAUUGUGGAUGGCUGGAUGGUAUUUCAAUCAAGUUUUUGCAACUUGUCUGGGUCUAGCGUACCUGUAUGCUCGUCACAAGUAUUUUUGGGGGUACGCAGAAGCUGCUGAUAAAAGGAUUUUUGGUUUCCGGUUGAGCAUGGGAAUUUUGACCUUGCUGGGUGUCCUAGCUGGCCUGGGGAUUGCAAACGGACUUCUGGACGAAUACCUGGACUUCCAUGUUGCCAAGAAAUUGAGGCGGACCUUCUAACUUUUCUUUUCCCUUUCAUACUUAUAGAGGCUGUCACUGCUCUAAAGAUAAUGUGGUAUCAUUUGUUAAAUAAAACUCUUAAUAAAGAGC